AUGUUUGCAGUUGCAGAAUGGUCGACGACAGCCACUUUUCGGAAAACAAUGCUAACGUCGGCUCCGAUAUGGGUCAAUCUCACUAAUAUACCAGCUGAGUUGUACUCAUUAAAAGGCUUAAGUUACAUAGCCUCGGGUAUAGGAGAGCCCUUACACACGGACAAGAUGCGAUUAGACCCGUUAACUGUGGGAGAAGCAAAGGUCAAAGUGGAAGUACAAUUGGAUGCCCCUCUCCCUGAGUCUAUAGAAAUCGAAGAUGAGGAAGGAUCGGUGAUCACAAUCAAUGCGAACUAUCCUUGGACACCGCCGAAGUGCUCGGGAUGUGGUGAAUUCGGGCACAAACUUCAGAGCUGCCAGCUUAAGUCUGUGCAAUCGCAACCACAGGUAACAGUUACUGAGAGGUCUAGGGAAACAACGGAAACUGAGCCAGAGGCAGGGCCACCGUCGUCGGUAGGUCCAAAAAACUUUACGCCACCAGAUACAACUCCAAAUGGCCCGGCUUCAAGUUUGCAGCCCACAGCAUCGGUGGCUUCACCGAUUGCCCAUCCGGUUGACACAGUCUCUGCAUCUCCGAUUGCUCCAUCAGUCAACAUAGAAUCUGCUCCUCAGAUUACCCUGCCAGCGACCACCAUUAUCUCCCCUAGUCCGACGGUCAUGUCUACAAGAGAGCAGUCUUGUCUCUUGUCGCCCCAACCCCUCCCUACAAGACAGCAAUCUCCUCCACAGGAAAUAGCCCAAUCUAAGUUUCACUUCGAUAAUGAGGACCAGAUUAUUUUGGAGGCACAAAGAGUGUUGCGUUCUAGAGCUACGAGAACCUCUCGGGAUCUUUCCGACUUCACUUUGGUCGGAAAGGCUCGAAAGGGGAAAGGUAAAAUGCAGUGA